CGUGCACAUGGCUCUAAUCUGACAGGCAAUUCUAAGGGAAGAGAGACAGAGGACAAAAAUUAACGUGGAGUGUUAUUGAUAAUACGAAUUAAUUUGCUUCUUCUUGGCCUGAUAUGCCUACUCGCGAUUCUCGGAAAUAAAACAAACAUCUCUGUAUUUUUGUUUGCGAGCCACGCUGUUGUACAUACUCUUCGUGCUGCACGCUUUUCGUCGCUCGAUCAUAGGUAUAGGUGAAGUCCGAAAAAUCUGUCACACGCGCCGCAGGCAUUCGCUGUGCACGCUGGUACGCGCGUCUUUCGAUGUUGUGAUGCGAAAUGUUAUGAUGGCAGGCAUCACACGUUAUUCUUCACGGACGCGUGUCGUUACACCGUGAUGCAUGUGAUUGUAAAUUUUUGUGUGUACAAAGGAGGUAUCACUGAUUACCCUUAUGUCUUAUAAAAAAUAUAGUUGUUCAGUGAACAGCAGUUUCAACGAUGGAUUGCGAUUACAUGACCUUCUACAGGGAGAAAGACUUUCAUAAUAGAUGCUGCGGUGGAAAGCUUUGGUGUAUUAAGGAUAUAUGUGGAAUCAUAUGUGCAGUAUUAACAUGGCUAUUGAUAAUCUAUGCAGAAUUCGUAGUGAUGGCAGUAAUUCUUAUUCCUACAAUAAAUACAUUGUAUUCCAGUUUAAAUAUGGCCAUUUUCCAAUCUUUAGCAUUCCUGGCCUUUGCGUCGCAUCUAAGAACCAUGUUUACAGAUCCGGGUGCAGUACCGAAAGGCAAUGCAACGAAAGAGAUGAUACAACAAAUGGGAUUUAGAGAUGGACAGGUUAUUUUUAAGUGUCCAAAAUGUUGUUCUAUUAAGCCCGACAGAGCUCAUCAUUGCUCUGUUUGCCAAAGAUGUAUCAGGAAAAUGGAUCACCAUUGUCCAUGGGUUAACAAUUGUGUAGGGGAAAAUAAUCAAAAAUACUUCGUACUUUUUACUUUUUAUAUAGCGGGCAUAUCACUGCACUCUCUAUUUCUGUGUGUACAACAAUUUACCAUGUGUGUCAGACAAGAAUGGAGAGAAUGUUCCACAUUCAAUCCACCAGCAACGGUGGUGUUAUUAUUAUUUCUAGCAUUCGAGGCACUGUUAUUUGCCAUUUUUACUGCUGUAAUGUUAGGCACGCAACUGCAAGCUAUUUGGUAUGAUGAAACUGGUAUAGAACAACUUAAAAAGGAGGAAGCUCGAUGGGUUCGCAAUAGCAAAUGGAAAUCAAUUCAAGCGGUUUUUGGAAGAUUUUCGAUAGCUUGGUUUUCCCCCUUUACCUCACCUCCUAACGCAAAAACGAAAUUAGAUUCUUAUCUAUAUUCUGUUUAAAUUAUAUUUUGAUACGUAUAACCAUGACUUACAUUUAGAGGAAUACUUAAGGUACAUAAAUACUAUAAUGAUGUUCGAUUAGUAUACAGGCUGAUUCCUGAAAUUGCGACGGACUACAACUCUUCUUUUAAAAUUUUGAAUGAAGAGAAAUGAUG